UGGUUUUAAAAUCUAGCUCAAAACCAUUCUGGUCCUCAGACAUAACUUGUUAUAUUUUAUAAUAGCUGUUCAGCUUUUUAAAUCGAUAAGUCAGACACUUGCCCAGGGCGGGUGACGUCACGUGGUCGUGUUGAUGCUGUUUAGAGAAAUUCAACUACCGCAGCGAACGGACGCAGGAAACAAUCCAGUCUCCCUGCCACCAUAACAAUAUGAGCAAACCUGAAGGCACUGAGAGAGGAGGACAGUCCAACUCCGACAACACCGAAGAAAAAGACUGGGCAGCUGUCAAAGCAUUAUUUGACAACGCGAAAACAACGAAAAAGCCCCGUCCGCCCAAACCCAGCAACGCUGUAACCAUUGCGGUAUCCUCGCGAACGCUGUUUAACAUGGUGAAGGAGAGGAAGGUGUUUGAAGAGGAGGGGCUGGAGAGGUACGUCGCGCAUCAGCUGGAGCUAGAAGACCAGCCUUUUACCCCAGGGGUCUCGUUUCCUUUCGUUAAGGCCCUUAUGAACGUAAACGCCCGUCUGAGAGAACUAUACCCAGACAGUGAGGAGCUGUUUGACAUUGUACUGAUGACUAAUAAUCACGCCCAGGUCGGAGUUCGCCUCAUAAACAGCAUCAAUUACUACGAUCUAACUAUAGAGAGAUUUUGCAUGACUGGUGGAGAGUCUCCGAUUGGUUACCUGAAAGCCUACAUGACCAACCUCUACCUGUCCAAAGAUUCAGUGAAGGUACAAGAAGCUAUCGGAGAAGGAAUAGCAGCUGCCACAAUGUUUCCCUCUGACAGUGAGAAUGAGCUCAGUGACACGCAACUACGUGUAGCUUUUGACGGAGAUGCUGUUUUGUUUUCUGACGAGUCUGAGAUUAUCGUGAAAGAACACGGAUUGGACACUUUCUUCAGGCACGAGAAAGAGUUUGAGAACAAGCCUCUGGCUCAGGGCCCCCUGAAAUGUUUCCUAGAAGCACUGGGUAAACUCCAGCGCAAGUUCUAUGCAAAAGACCAACGAAUCAGCUGCCCUAUUCGCACCUACCUGGUCACAGCUCGAAGCGCUGCCAGCGCUGGGGCACGUGUUCUGAAGACCCUACGGAGCUGGGGGUUGGAGGUAGAUGAGGCCCUCUUUUUGGCUGGGGCUCCCAAAGGGCCUCUCCUACAGAAGAUCAGGCCUCACAUCUUCUUUGACGAUCAGAUGUUUCACAUCGAGGGUGCCCAGGAGCUCGGUACAAUCGCCGCUCAUGUGCCCUAUGGGAUUGGACAGAAGUAUCAUAAAGGGAAACGCAUGGAAACAAGUGAUGCAGAGAAAAAAUGAUAUUAUUUGAUUAUCAAAUGCAAAUGUCAGAGCCAUUUCUGUAAGUACCUCAACACCUAUUCAGUGUCUUACAUUUGAUCUAAUAGCUAAAAUAUAAAUGUUUACUUGUAUAAAUAAUGAGGGAAGUGAAGCACAUACAUGAUAGUCUCUGCAAGUUAGAGGUGAUUUUAUUUAUUUAUUUGGUUGCAUCAGAGAGAGUUUUGAACCUUGAGCUGUACAGAUGGUUUAAGUUAAAUGGAUUGCUGGAAAUAUUAUAAAUACAAAGAAGCUACGGUGCUCAAAAUGAUAUAGUAUAUUAUGUACUGUACCAGUCCGUCAGCACUGUGAGGUUAAACUAGAGUUUAUCUUUUUGAGAGAAAAUAAUGUGCAAUUAGAAGAAUUUACAUACCUUUAUGCCUUGCUCAUUACGAUUUUUUAAAUGUUUAAUCAAGAGUUUAAUUUAGAAUAUUUAAUUCUAUCUCAGGGGACACAUAUUGCAUUUUUCUGUAUUUUAUUUAUAGCGUAAGAUGUUAUCCUUCAAAGUAAAUAUUGCAGAUUUUUAUCUACAUUUAGAUGUUUUGUUUUAACUUCUUCACUGCUGUACUUAGAUAUUCAGACUCAGUUUCUUUCACAGAUUUGUGUGUCACCCACCACCAGUGUUUCUGACAGACCUUGUCAGAAUAAUAAAUGAACUGAGUAAAUGGUGAAAUAAUAAGAGUGUGAAGAACUGAUAUAAUGUAUUUAAAAUGUAAAAUGUAUUACGCCUAUGUGUGUUUUCCAUAAGGUGUAUUUAUGUAUAAUUCUGUUUUGUCCACAAAACAAAAUGUGCUGUUGACUUUUAAACACUGGAUUUAUUCACUAUGAUGAUAAAUUACAUUUGUGAUCUUAUUUGUUUUGUGCCUUAAUAGAGCCGU